UUACACAGUACUACUCACCUUGGUAUCAGUUAAUCACAUACUUCAAAUAUAAAACAUGGGCAUAUUCAAGGCUGCGUCGCCUCUGGUGAAGGCUUUAACAGCAAAUGCCAACCUGGGCAAUAAGCUGCGUCCUCUGGCCACAGCUGGAUGCUCGCACACACAUGGUCAUCCGGCUGCACCACCGUCGAUCAAGGCCUCGCACUCGCACUUUGGUUCGUCGUCAACACCAUCUGAUGAAGACAAGAGAAUUAAUAACUUCACCACCACACCGAAUUCGGAGAAGGCUCGGCCUUGGGACCAUGUGCCUUCACUUAACAGCAUGCGCAACUUCGAUUCCGAUCGAGCAGAUUAUGAGAAGAUUAUGGGCAACAAUAGAGCGUGGGUCGAAAAGCGCUUAGAGACAGAACCAGACUAUUUCAAAAACCAAAAAUUGGGACAGACUCCAAAAUAUCUGUGGAUCGGAUGCUCCGAUGCUCGUGUACCUGCGGAGAACUUGACGGGUCUCAAUGAUGGAGAAAUUUUCGUGCAUCGAAAUAUCGCCAACAUGGUAGUGAAUACCGAUAUCAACAUGCUGUCUGUGCUGACGUAUGCGGUAGAGGUGUUGAAGGUGAAACAUAUCAUUGUGUGUGGACACUACGGCUGUGGUGGUGUGAAGACGGCAACCGAAGCUAACCACGAUCUGGGCAUCAUCGAGCAUUGGUUGAGAAAUAUCCGAGAUGUGAAGCGAUUGCAUAUGACUGAGCUUAACUCUAUUGUAGACGAGGAAGUUCGCUACCGACGGCUGGUGGAGUUGAAUGUGGUUGAGCAAUGUAUAAAUCUAUUCAAGACUGGUGUGGUACAGAAUUCUCGCACUGAGUCCGGAUAUCCUCUCAUCCAUGGGCUGGUAUAUGACAUUGGAGACGGUCUUUUGAAGGAGCUGAAUUUGGAUCUCAUUGGAUACAUGAAACAAUACAGAAGUGUGUACCGUCUUUAUACAUAAGCUGACGUCCCGUAGAAUUGCGUCGAGGCCGGAAAUACUGCACACUUUGGUUCACUGCCAAUAAAUAAGAUAGAAUAUAUCUGCAGUGUCUAAAAUGAACCACUCGCUCGUUUUAAGCCAGGGACAAUAUAGCAUGUAUCAUUUUAAUAAGCAAAUAAAGGCCAAAUUGGUCUGACUUUAUAUUGUGCGAG